CUUGUGUGUUUGGCCAGCAGGGCGGCGCUCCACACACUGAGCUCUGCUCUCUGAAACCACAGAAGAAGAAGAAGGAAGAAGGCGCUGAAAAUGGCUGCUCCGAAAAACAUCCCGAAAGACGCGCAGGUGAUGAUCCAGAUCCUGAAGGACAUGGGGAUCACCGAGUACGAGCCCAGAGUCAUAAACCAGAUGUUAGAGUUCACCUACAGAUACGUGACGACUAUUAUCGAAGACGCUAAAAUCUACGCGACUCACGAAAAGUCGACGGUUGACGCUGACGACAUCAAGCUGGCGAUCCAGUGCCGCAUGGACCAGUCCUUCACCUCGCCGCCGCCGAGAGACUUCCUGCUGGAGGUGGCGCGGCAGAAGAACCUGACCCCCCUCCCGCUGAUCAAGCCGUACACCGGACCCCGCCUCCCCCCCGACAGAUACUGCCUCACCGCGCCCAACUACAGACUGAAGACCGUGCAGAAGAAGCUGACCUCCUCCUCGGGGAGGAUCACAGUUCCUCGCCUCAGCAUCGGAGCCGUCUCCAGCCGGCCGGGCACCCCCACCCUCGGAGCCCCCUCGGUGCAGAAGGUGAUGACCCCCGUCACUCUGUCGGGGCAGAGGUUCACCGUGCAGAUCCCCCCCUCCCAGACCACCAUCAAGACCACCACGCCCUCCUCUCCGGGAGUCUCUAACGUUCUCAUCAAUCCAUCGCUCAUCGGCUCCAAAAGCCUCCUGAUCAGCAGCAGCUUGGCGGGCGGGGGGGUGGACUCGCUGAAGAGGAAACACGAAGACGACGACGACUACGACGCCCUAUGACCUCUGAACACAAACACCCCCUUUUGUAUUAAACCUGCUUUUUAAAUAACCUCCAGGAAACUCUUCAGGAACAACUCUGUUUAUUUUCUACUGAAGGAACCGCCUCAUUUAUUAAACUGUUAGAAUAAA